CAGGCAUAUGUUGUGCAAGCCUGGCCUCUGUUAUCUCUGGUCUGUUUUGUUGGCUGACAUUGGAUUAAUUUUGGAGGAUAUUGGUGGCGCCCAAACUGAGUCUUGACAUCAAUCUUAGGUUACUAGUGUGAGCGAUUUAAAUAGAAUAGGAUUGUAGAUUGAAAUCCAAACCUUGAAUCGGUCGCAAUGGAGCAGUUACACUCGUUAUUCAUUUUCCAGUGCAAUAUUGAGUCAGAUUGCAGAAUAUGUUUAGGUUCAAUCGAAAUGAAAAUGGAUUGCCCAACCUACAUUGUGUGCAACCAUCAAAGGUAUUGGUUACAAAAUGGUCUUGGCAAGCAGUUCCCAUUUGGGCUAACUUCCCUGUGCAACAUGACGGUCAAACAAUUAAUCUCAUGGGGAAUAAGAGCAAAGUAGAAUCACUUACUGUUUGUGAUAUUACAGAUGCUUCGAUUUCGAAACAAAAUUCUUUCGAUGAACCAUCCAGUUCCUUUGUUACUCCACACUCAAGUGCUCCUCCAUUGUCUACUGUUGUUCAGCCUGAGGAUGAAAUAAGACUAGUUGAGUUUCUUAAAGUUCAUGGAUUUCGGUGGUAUCAAGUUGUGAUAUUUCUCAUUUCUAUAAUCAGUUACCUCGCAGACAUUGCAUCCGAUGCAUACUUGGUUUAUACGUAUUAUAUUCAGGAAGAUUACUACUGGUCUAGUUUAACAAUGAUUUUCAUGGUUGUUCCCGCUCUCUUGAUGUCCAGUUUCAGUCUUGCGUGGUAUUUCAUUGACUAUAAAGUUCGAGUUGAUCCUCCGCGCAGCUAUCGAGCAUGGACGUUUAGACUGUUGUUUCAUGGACUCCAGUUGGCCCCACUAGUGAGGGCAGCUGAUGCUAUCUACUACGGUAUAGCAAGUCGACAACCCGGGUUAAGUCUUCGUGUAGCUGCACAAUAUACGCAGUUGAUGCUUUAUGAAGAUGCUGAUUGUGCUAUGCUUCGUUUGAUUGAAUGUUUCACUGAAUCCGCUCCACAACUUCUGUUACAGUUGUACAUUAUUUUAACGCAACCAUAUCCUGCACCUAAAUUUCAAAUGACUGCACAAUUUGUUUCAUGUGUGUUUUCAUGGCUUUCAUUGGCGUGGUCGUUAACCUACUACCAAACUGCUCUACGUAGUUCACGUAUUGAAAAAGGAAAUAUCCAGACCUUAGGUAUUAUAUUCUUCUUUUUCUGGAAGGCUGGAGUGCUAGCAUCACGAUUACUGGCUCUAGGUAUACUUGCCUCUGUUGUCAAGGGAUUUUGGUUUGUAGUAGCGCUCGGUAUUCAUUGGUUGUUGGCUUCUGGUUGGUUAAUCACUCGCGGGACGACGUUUUGUUCAUCUAAUUCACGAGCGUUAGGAGAACUAACCUUUGAUUUUGUAUUAGGUGCAGUUUAUUGUUUUGAUGUGGUCAAUAUUCGUGAAGGACGAAGUCGAAUGUGGUAUGGAUCAUGUUACUUAAUAUUUGGCAUUGAAAACUCGGUAUGUGCGUCAUUAUGGUGGGUAACACAUUCAUUUAUUAAUGCAAGUCUUCCAAAAAGUGUGUUCAAAAAUCAACCAUCCACGUGGAACACCGUCUUACCUCCAUACACUCUUCUUAUUAUUGUGAUAUGCAGUUUUUGUAUGGGCAUAGUAAUGAUGAUCGUUUAUUACAUUACGUUUCAUCCAUCGGGAAAGAUUGAAUUAUGCAUUCCGUGUGAUGAACUGAUAAUAACUUCAGAACGGCAAGAUUCAUUAACCGUCGAUCCAAAUAAUCAACUGUCAGAGAAAACUAUCCAGUUAUCAGUGUAAGUUGAAUCAGUAGAAAUAAAAUUGCAACAUUUAAAAUUUGUUUUUGCUGUCAAACUAAGAUUUUUCAAAUCGGAGUUUAUCUGACCGUAUAUCCAGCACACAGAAAAAUUAGUCCCAUCCCUUCCAGAUUGCUAUACUGGGGGGAAAUAGAAAUAUGUACUCAAGAUAAUUUGCUCAUUUAUUUUAUAUGUAACACAUAGACUUUUCUUUAGUUAACAUAUGCUGGGAGAUACCGAAGAAAUGGCCUUAAUAUACGAUCUAAGAACAAGCUGCACGGAAGGAAUAAGUUUAUACACCAUUUCAUCUUUCACAAUUAUUCAGAAUGACCUGAUCAUCCGAUUCUAUUUAUAAUGCACCAUAUUUCUGCUGGUCUACGCCGUUUUUCUGGUAUGAUAUUCUUGUCAUCGCUGCUCACUGUGGCUUCAAUGAAUGUAAGCGUAUUUAGAUACAAACACAAAAUCUUAAGGAAAUUCACUUUCUUUAAAAUAAACAACGAUCUUCUUAUUUUUUUAAUUGCUUUACGAAAAUUCGUUAGGAAAUCAUAAAACGGAAAGUUUAACAAUUUGCAAGAACCAUUAACAUUCAUCGAUUUCAACACACAACAAUCACUUCCGUCUGCUGGCGAAAAAAUGAAGUCAAAGAAUUAAAACAACAGGCUUGAUGCCAUCAAUAGAUUGGCAAUGAAAAUUUUUAUAUAAUAGAAAUAUUAGUUUGCAUGUAUGACAAAACAGUUGUUCAUCAAUUCGAGUUUUUUUUAAAAAUGAAAAUCAAUAAAGUAUGUCAGAAUAAAUAUAGUGCUCCUUAAUUUGUUGACGAACCCCCUAACCUAGUGUUCCAUUGGCAGUUAGUUACUAUAGAUGAUAUUAUUUCCAACUACUGGGAUUAGUUGUACUUGCAAGUAAAAAGGUGCAGAUAAACAGGCUUAGCCGCCUUCAAUAGCAAAAAUAUCUUAUCUAUAAAAUCCACUUAACAGUUUAUCAGAUUACUUAUGAGAUGUUUAUCAGUUUUAAAGUCACAGCCGUAAUUUCAAGCAAGCUGGUAGGAAGUCGUUUACUCACCAACUACUAAAUAGCAGCGCACUUUUAAUCUGUAUUACUUAGAUCCAUACCACUGAGACAAACAAUGGGUAAAUAUGAUGACGCGUUUAUAUCGAAAUAUUUCUCGUUGAUGAGACUGAAUGAAAAAUUUAUAAAUUACGAUGUAAUUAGUCUGAACAAUAUUUAAAUUGAUAAUAUGAACAAUGUGACUUUCAUGUUGAGAAAUAAUACGUUCUUUACAGUUUUCCAUGGUAUAUAUCAACAACCUCUUGGUUAUCGUACAUAUUCAUUCAGAAAACAUCUAUGGAGCUUCGAACAUACUGCAGAUUUGCUAAAGAAAAUCUGAUUAACACUUAUUUCAACAAACUAAAUGACAAAUUUCACAGGAAGAUUUCUAGGCUCGCAUUAUGAACAAUAAAACAAAUCCUAGCAGAUGGACUCAUCUACUCAAAAACUUGAAUGUCUUUUAGCAAGCUCAUCUAAACAGCUUGAGUACCAACGGGAAACCAACACUAGAAAAAUUCAAUUGACUAAACGUUGAUUGUGUUUGGUCAAAAAUGCACAAAAUGGACAUUUAAAUGCGGCCAAUCAUCGCACUGACUGUACCUUCGUGGAUCCAGGCAAUCACUUGACCUUACCUCCCACAGAUUUCGCAGAUAACAAAUAGGACAUUCAUAUCACUAAUGAGUACGUUUCCACCUUUAGUAAAUCAAAUGUGGGGAACGAUGAAAUAUCCUUGCGUUUAUCCAGUCAGUAACAGCGUAGAACUUCGUACGUACGUACGUUCGAGUUGCCACACCACAUUAGCACAGAGAUGCAG